AAGCAUCACUCAUUCCUUCUUCUUCUCCACAGCCGGUGGAAUGGUGUGGUGCCCUAUGCACACACUUCAUUUGUGAUGUAUGAGGGGACUGCUGUGUCCUUGCUUCGCGAUUUAACGGUCGACAGUCACCUGCCGAGAGAAGUGCUGUACUUUGGCGGAGGCAGACUACACUCGAUGGCCGAAGCCACGGGUAUAGGCCACGUGGUCCGCUUCGUUCCCUUGGCAACCAAGACGUUUGCCAGGUACAUGUUUGAUCUCUCUGUGGGGCUGUCGCUCCUGAAUGCCGUGCCUGUUCCUCGGCUGGAUGGUGAGCACAUUCUCAG